AUGUCGACCUUCACUGGCACUGGAACCGGAACCGGAAGCAACACGGGCUUCGUCCAAAACCCGCUCGUCGACCACAUCGGCCUCACGGUCUCGGACUACGCGAAGGCGAAGAAGUUCUACACUGCCAUCCUCGAGUCCGUCGGCGCCAAGCUGCACAUGGAGAUCACCCCUCCUCACACGCCUGAGGGCAAGUAUGUCGCGGGGUACGGCUACACCACGCCCGACUUCUGGAUCUCGAACUGCGACGAGCACGUUGCGCCGACGCACGUCGCGUUUGCGUGCGACUCGCGCGCCCAGGUCGACAAGUGGUACGAGGCUGCGCUCAAGGCUGGCGCAAAAGACAAUGGCAAGCCGGGCAUCAGGGCGCAGUACCACCCCAACUACUAUGGCGCGUUCGUCAUUGACGCGGAUGGGCACCGCAUCGAGGCUGUCUGUCACAAGCCGGAGUAA